AUGUCGGACAUGCCCCUUCACGGUGAAAUUGGUCUGGAGGGGGAAAAGGGAGAGAUCGGAGCUGAGGGGAAGAAGGGUGUGGCCGGCCUCGCGGGACGCAACGGGACAGACGGACAAAAGGGGAAGAUCGGGCGCAUCGGUGCUCCCGGCUGCAAAGGAGAUCCAGGAGACAGGGGUCCUGAUGGUCACUCAGGAGACGCGGGCAAUGGUGGACUUCCUGGAACAGACGGAGAGAAGGGAGAUCCCGGUCGAUCAGGAAGCGCAGGCCCCCUCGGCCCGGUGGGAGACGCUGGACCUAAGGGUGAGAGAGGGAGUCCCGGCUCGCCUGGCUUCCCUGGAGCCAAAGGAACACCAGGAACUAUUGGAGGCCCCGGAGACAAGGGAGAACUGGGGAGAAGAGGAGACUUUGGGUCAAAAGGGAAUCAGGGAACAGACGGAGUUAAAGGAGACAAGGGCGAGGCAGGACCUGAGGGGCUGAGAGGACUACCAGGUGAAGUAGGAAACAAAGGAACCAAGGGAGACAACGGACUCCCGGGACCACGCGGGCCCCCCGGCUCUUCAGGAGCGGCAGGGAAGAACGGUACCCGUGGCGACCCCGGUGAUGCUGGACCGAGAGGAGACCCCGGCGUGGCAGGACCAAAGGGCGACGUGGGAAGAGCUGGCUUCAGUUACCCAGGACCAAGAGGACCAACGGGUGAACGUGGGGAGAAGGGCGGUCUAGGAUCCAGAGGAGGCAGAGGAGACUGUGGCCCCAAGGGAGGGCCAGGGGGAACGGGGACCCCUGGAGAGGGGGGAGAACCAGGGCCUCAGGGAGAACCUGGAUUCAGAGGACCAAGAGGAGUGGGUGGACGAGACGGAGAUCCAGGUCCUGAGGGAGACCCCGGCCUCACAGAAUGUGAUGUCAUGAACUACAUCAGAGAGACCUGCGGCUGCUGUGACUGUGAGAAGCGGUGCGGGGCGCUGGACAUCGUGUUUGUGAUUGACAGCUCAGAGUCCGUUGGUCUCGCCAACUUUACUCUGGAGAAGAACUUUGUCAUCAACACCAUCAACAGACUGGGGUCUAUGGCCAAGGACCCCAACUCAGAGACAGGUACACACACAACACAUUACAGAUACAGUCACAAAUGGAACUUCCAAGGACCAAUCCGUCUCAAUGACUCCAAGAUCGACUCACUGUCUGCCUUCAAGGAUGCUGUAAAGCGUCUGGAAUGGAUAGCCGGGGGGACGUGGACCCCGUCAGCGCUGAAAUACGCCUACGAUCACCUGAUCAAGGACAGCCGCAGAGCUAAAGCCAACGUCACCGUGGUGGUCAUCACAGACGGACGGUUCGACCCCAGGGACGACGACUCACUGCUCACAUACCUCUGCAGCAGCGACCCCAGUGUGGAUGUGAGCGCUAUAGGUAUAGGGGACAUGUUUGACCAGAUAGAGGAGAAUGAGAGCCUGAAGAGUAUAGCCUGUCAGAGAGACGGUAGGGUGCUGGGGAUGAGACGCUUCGCCGACCUGGUGGCAGAGGAGUUCAUCGACAAGAUAGAGACCGUGCUCUGCCCAGACCCUGUGAUCGUGUGUCCUGACCUGCCCUGUAAAACUGAACCAGCGGUGGCCAGCUGUAUCCAGCGCCCUGUGGACCUUGUGUUCAUGCUGGACGGGUCAGAGAGGAUGGGAGUGGAGAACCACCGCCGCGCCAAGGAGUUCAUCGAGAACGUGGCGCGCCGCCUCACCCUGGCCAACGGCGAAUCAGACAACAGGAACGCCCGCGUGGCCCUGCUGCAGUACGGCGGCCAGUCAGAACAGAGGGUGGAGUUUUCGCUAACGCACAAUCUGACGGUGAUCGCUGAUUCGCUGGCUGGGAUGAGCUACAUGGACUCUGCCUCCUCUCUGGGCAGCGCCAUCAUACACGCUGUCAACAACCUGGUGAUGUCACAGGGCAGCCGUCUGGCACGUCGUAACGCAGAACUGUCUUUUGUCUUCAUUACCGACGGAAUCACGGCCAGCGAAAGCCUGGAGGAGGGCGUGUCGGCCAUGAGGCGGGCUGAGGGAGUUCCCACGGUGAUCGCCAUGGGGACCGACACGGACCAGGACGUGCUGAGGAAGGUUGCCCUGGGAGACACGUCAGCCAUCUUUAGAGGAGAGGACUACGCCACGCUGGGGAAACCCACCUUCUUCGAACGCUUCAUCCGCUGGGUCUGCUAAUCAGCUAACGAGCUCGUUAGAGCUAACGAGCUGUGUUAACAAACAGUUAAAGGUGCAAUCCGUAAGAAUCUUUUUAGUAACGAAUAAACAAACAAAUCAAUGUGUUCUCAGAUGUGAAGGUGCUCUGUGCUUUGCAAAGUUUAAGCAAAAAGUGGCAGAACUCGGAAGCUCAACUUCUAGCUCAUCCAAGAGACACAAGGCACUCCAGAUUUUACUAUCUUUUAAAUGAAUUCAAUUACAGAUUUCACCUUUAACUAGCUAAGCCCAAACAACCAAAGCCUCUCUCAUCAGAGAGUUACUGAUACUGAAGUGGAUAAAAAGGUUGCAAUUGUAAGUCUUGUUUCUGUUUUUUUUGUUGUAUUGUGUUUCUAGAAGAGAUCCCUCACUGUGAGGUCUGUAUUUUACACUAAAGGUGCUAUUCUAGUGGAAGGCGUUACAUACACACGGUCUCGUGUUGCACAAACAAUCAACUCUGUUUAUCAAACAGUCUUCAUUUUUAAACAGUUCAGUUUUUCAAACUUUGUAAUUUCAAUAGAAGUGCCGCUUUAUACUUUGUUAUUCUAGUUCAGGGGACCGUACACUCAUUUAGACACACACAUACACACAUACACACCACACACGCACGCACGCACGCACGCACACACACACACACACACACACACACACUGAAAAUGCGUUUGUUGUAAACUGAACCGUAUGUAAUAAAGCCAGCUGUGGUGAAACCAGA